AUGGCCGGUGGUUUGGAAAACGCAAGGAAGGAAAUUAAGCGCCUUUCUCUUGAUGACGCCGCCGAAUCGCAAUAUGGUCAAAUCUUCUCUAUCUCUGGUCCAGUGGUGAUCGCCGAGAACAUGCUUGGUAGUGCUAUGUACGAGUUGGUGAAGGUUGGUCAUGCUAAUUUGGUUGGUGAGGUCAUUAGAAUUAAUGGUGACAAGGCAACCAUCCAGGUCUACGAGGAGACCGCAGGUGUUACAGUGGGUGACCCAGUCUUGAGAACUGGAAAGCCCUUGUCUGUGGAAUUGGGUCCUGGUUUGAUGGAGAACAUUUAUGAUGGUAUUCAAAGACCUUUGAAAGAAAUUAAAGAGAAGUCCCAGUCUAUCUAUAUCCCAAGGGGUAUCGAUGUUCCAUGCUUGGACAGAGUGAAGCAAUACGACUUCAACCCUGCCUCCUUGAAGGUUGGCGACCACAUCACUGGUGGUGACAUUUUUGGUUCCAUUUUCGAGAACUCCUUGUUAGAUGACCACAAGAUCUUGUUGCCUCCAAGAGCGAGAGGUACCAUCACCUCGAUUGCUGAGGCUGGCUCCUACACUGUUGAGGACCCUGUGUUGGAAGUUGAGUUCGAAGGAAAGAAGCACAAGUACUCCAUGAUGCACACAUGGCCUGUCAGAGUCCCAAGACCUGUUGCUGAGAAAUUGACUGCUGACUACCCAUUGUUGACCGGUCAGAGAGUCUUGGACUCCUUGUUCCCAUGUGUCCAAGGUGGUACUACAUGUAUUCCAGGUGCUUUCGGUUGUGGUAAGACUGUCAUUUCUCAAUCCUUGUCCAAGUUCUCCAACUCUGAUAUUAUCAUUUACACUGGAUGUGGUGAGCGUGGUAACGAGAUGGCUGAAGUCUUGAUGGAAUUCCCAGAACUUUACACUGAGAUGAGUGGUAAGAAGGAGCCUAUUAUGAAGCGUACUACUUUGGUCGCUAACACCUCUAACAUGCCUGUCGCUGCUCGUGAAGCUUCUAUUUACACUGGUAUUACUAUCGCUGAAUACUUCCGUGAUCAGGGUAAACAUGUUUCUAUGAUUGCUGACUCCUCUUCUCGUUGGGCCGAGGCUUUGAGAGAACUUUCCGGUCGUUUGGGUGAGAUGCCUGCUGAUCAAGGUUUCCCUGCUUACUUGGGUGCUAAGUUGGCUUCUUUCUACGAGCGUGCUGGUAAGGCCACCUCCUUGGGUUCUCCAGACAGAGUCGGUUCCGUCUCCAUUGUUGCUGCUGUUUCCCCAGCCGGUGGUGAUUUCUCUGAUCCUGUGACUACUGCUACUUUGGGUAUUACUCAAGUUUUCUGGGGUUUGGACAAGAAAUUGGCUCAACGUAAGCAUUUCCCAUCCAUUAACACUGGUAUCUCUUACUCCAAGUACACCAACGUUUUGGAUCCAUACUACGAAAAGAACUUCCCUGGCUUCAAGGCUUUGAGAACUAAGAUCAAGGAGAUCUUGUCUAACGCCGAAGAGUUGGAGCAGGUUGUGCAAUUGGUCGGUAAGUCCGCUUUGUCCGACUCCGAUAAGAUUGUUUUGGAUGUUUCUAACUUGAUUAAGGAGGACUUCUUGCAACAGAACGGUUACUCCACCUAUGACCAGUUCUGUCCUAUCUGGAAGACCUACGACAUGAUGCGUGCUUUUGUUAACUACCACGACGAGGCCCAGAAGGCUGUUGCCAACGGUGCCGCUUGGGGUAAGUUAGCCGAGGCUACUGGUGAUGUGAAGCAUGCCGUCUCGAGCGCUAAGUUCUUUGAGCCUGCUGACGGUGAGGAUGCUGGUCGUAAGAACUUCAACGAGUUGUUCACCAAGAUCAGCGAACGUUUUGGCGAAGCUGCCGAGUAA